AUACAGUACCAGCAAAAGCACCUGAGCCUUCAAAAACUGAAAACUCAACUGAACCAGCUAAGACAACUCAACAGGAACAGCAUCAGCAAAAUGAUGGGAAAGAGGAUGCUAAUGGUAUAGACAGUGGGAUUAAGUGCAUCCUUAGCAAGUUUGCAAGCAACACCAAGCUGAGUGGAACAGUUAAUUCACUGGAGGGAAGGGAUGCAAUACAGAGGGACCUUGACAGACUUGAGGAGUGUGUCCACAUGAACCUCACGAGGUUCAAGAAGGCCAAGUGCAAUCACCAGUAUCUGUACAGGCUGGAGGAUGAACAGAUUGAGAGCAGCCCUGUGGAGGAGGACCUGGGGGUAUUGGUGGAUGAAAAAUUAGCUAUGAGCUGCACACAGAACCCAACACCUUCAGGUUUCAAAACAAAUGAUUAUGCUGAUGCCCAGCUUCAAGAGCUUGUCCGAAAAAUGCGGGAAAGGGCAACAGUCUAUAAGGAAAAGCUGAAAGACCCAGUGCUGUCCUCCCCUGAAGGCAGUCCUACAGCUUAUGUCUUGUCUUCUCCCACCCUAACUGCAUGCAUUAUUUGCAAAAGUCAGAAAGAGGAAGCAGAAGCAAAGCCAGAGGAGGAUCACUACUGUGAUAUGCUAUGCUGUAAAUUCAAAAAACCUCCACUGAAAAAAUACUUGGAUUACCUGCAGCUACCAGACAGCAUAGACUCAUAUACAGAUCACCGUUAUGUAGCAUGGCUUAUGCUUGUGACAGUCGCCUAUAAUUGGAAUUGCUGGUUUAUUCCCCUUCGCUUUGUGUUCCCGUAUCAAACCCCAAGUAAUACAAUAUAUUGGUUUACCAUGGACAUCCUUUGUGAUAUCUGCUAUCUGUGUGACUUACUCAUUUUCCAGCCCCGAGUGCAAUUUAUAAGAGGGGGAGAUAUAAUAGUAAACAAAGUGGAAAUGAAGAAAUUCUACCACAGCUCUAUCAAAUUCCGGCUUGAUGUGAUAUCAGUAUUGCCAUUUGACGUUUUAUACUUCUUCUUUGGAUUUAACCCAGCAUUUAGAGCAAAUAGGAUGCUAAAGCAUAACACAUUCUUUGAGUUUAAUGAUCGCUUGGAAGCUGUUCUGGACAAAGCAUACAUCUACAGGGUCAUUCGAACAACAGGAUACUUGCUGUUUAUCUUGCACAUUAACGCAUGCUUGUAUUAUUGGGCUUCAGACUAUGAAGGACUUGGCAGCACGAGAUGGGUGUACGAUGGCCAAGGAAACAUGUAUCUGAGGUGUUAUUACUGGGCAGUUCGUACUUUGAUCACCAUCGGUGGCCUUCCAGAACCACAAACUCUGUUUGAGAUAGUUUUUCAACUGCUGAACUUUUUCCUGGGUGUCUUCGUCUUCUCCAGCUUAAUUGGUCAGAUGAGAGAUGUAAUUGGAGCAGCUACAGCAGGACAGAACUACUACCGCUCCUGUAUGGACAACACUGUCUCCUAUAUGAACACUUACUCCAUUCCAAAAUUGGUCCAAAAUCGAGUUCGAACCUGGUAUGAGUACACAUGGGCCUCUCAGGGAAUGCUGGAUGAAUCAGAAUUACUGGAGCAGAUGCCAUCCAAAAUGCAAUUAGCCAUUGCAAUAGACGUGAACUUCGCCAUCGUCAAUAAAGUUGACUUAUUCAAAGGGUGUGAUACCCAGAUGAUAUACGACAUGCUGCUAAGGUUGAAAUCCAUUGUGUAUUUACCUGGUGACUUUGUCUGCAAAAAGGGAGAGAUUGGCAGAGAGAUGUACAUCAUCAAACAGGGUGAAGUUCAAGUCCUUGGAGGCCCUGAUGGUACAAAAGUCUUGGUUACACUACGAGCAGGAGCUGUAUUUGGGGAGAUCAGCCUACUAGCUGCAGGUGGAGGAAAUCGAAGGACUGCCAACGUGGUAGCUCAUGGUUUUGCCAACCUUUUCAUUCUGGACAAGAAAACACUCAAUGAAAUCUUGGUGCACUAUCCUGACUCAGAAAAACUUCUCAUGAAGAAAGCAAAGGUGCUGCUGAAAGAGAAGGGGAAACCUGCCCCAGGACCACCAGUGCAACAACCACGGGGCUUGGCCAGUCUCUUUGGGCAGAAACAGGAAACUCCAAAAUUGUUUAAAGCAAUGCUUGGAGGCAAAGGAAAAGAUGGCCUUGUGAAGCUGCUGCAACUGAAGAGACAACAGGACGUUCAGGAAACUCGGGCUGAAGCAGAGAACAAGCCUGAACAAAAGGAGAAAAAACCCAUGGAGCCCGCGCCCGCAUCUGCCCCCCCUGCACAAAAGGAAGAGCCGAAUGCAGACACUAAGCCCAAACCUGCAGUUAUGCACAGAGAAACCAGUAAAGAGUCUCUGAUCAUUAGUAUGUCUCCGUCCCCCAGAGCAGGAGAAGGAGAGAUCCUUAAAGUUGAAGUUAAGGAGAAAAUAAAUAAAUAG